AUGGAGUUCGACUCUCUACAACCCUGCUUCUACCCGGGCGAGGAUGACUUCUAUUUCUGCGGUCCCGGCUCUGCGCCACCCGGAGAGGACAUCUGGAAGAAAUUCGAGUUGCUGCCCACGCCGCCCCUCUCCCCGAGCCGAGCGGCGCUACCGGGGGAGCUGGCCUUCGCGUCCGGGGGGGACAGGGGCGACUCGGCAGCAGGUCCCAUGGGCUUUGGAUUAGGCGACCCGCUGGGCUGCGACUGGGCUUCAGAGCUCCUACUCCUGCCCGAAGACGAUAUUUGGGGCGUGUCGGACGGAGACCUGUUCGGCGGCUGCUCCGCUUUGGAUAGUAACCCCAACUCCAUCAUCAUUCAGGACUGUAUGUGGAGCGGCUUCUCGGCCAGGGAAAAGCUCCAGAGGGUGGUCACAGAAAAGUUAGGCAAAGCCAUCUCCACGGCGGCUGCCUGUGGAGUUAGUAAAAAUGUCACUACCGCUACCGCCACCACAACCAAGGCGCCGGAGCUGAGUGUGGACCCCAGGAUAGUCUUCCCCUUCCCCAUCAACAAAAGAAACGGUAGCACCAACAGCAGAUGUCCACCUGGGACGACCUCCGCCUCUACUGCGCACUGUAGCGCAGAGGAAACUCCGAGCGACUCCGGUAAGCAGAUACCUUUGGCGAGGAUGAAUGCGCACAAUACCUUAUGUUUUGGUUACAGUGCCUACAGUACAACAGCUGAUAGCCUAAUAACACAAUACUCAUCCACAAACCCCGUUUUAUUUUGUUGAAUUGACGUCAUUCUGCUACAUUAUUAUUAUUAUUAUUGUUAUUAUUAUUAUUAGGCUAGUGCUAAUUGGGGUGAUUGAAAGUUAAGAGUUCAUAUGACUGGCACAGAAUCGGAUUACGUUGUUACAUUCCACUUGCCGGCAGUAAAUGGUGGUGACACAGUGCAUGAGUGGGUUUAUGUAAUAGGCAGGCGCUUCAUCCGGCAGAUGGCUGUAAAAUUGGAGGAUUGUGUGCAUUACUAACUUAGACCCAGUUGGCAUCCAACAAGAAGACACCGAAAAACUAGACACACGGGUUGUAUAGGGCAACGUUGGCUCUACUUGACGCCUCGGCGCAGACAGACAUAAGUAAAAGGACUACUUGAUAAGGUGCCUUGUUUCACGGUUCGUUGGAGGCUAUGAUUAAGCACUUUAUGCAAGGAUUUUGGAAAUAACUAGGGCUCCAUAGGUGUGAAAUAGCUUAGGCCUAUUCAAUGUUCAACCUGGAUAAACUAGACGUCAUUAUUUAAAAUUCCAUUUGUAGCGACUAUUGUGUUCAGUGUUGAGGAUGUGUGUGGGUGUGUUUUGGAAAGGGGGGGUCGGUCGAUAACAACAAAGUGGACAAUGAAACCUUUGUAAUAACAGGAUAAUAGGUUCUUCGAACAUUCUAAAUGGCCCAACUUUCGUUGAGCAUAAAUGUAUCGUUUGGCAACCGCCAUGGAAGUCUGGUAGGCCUACGAAAAACUCACGUGAGUAUUUACUAGAGUUCUUUGUGGCUGCGAAACCGUAGUAAAAAAAGAGAGAGAGACUUCCAACUAGGCAGCGCCGGCUCGAGGCUCGAGCUAUAGUGCCUUGCCAAAAACACACCCCCUUCGACCGGCCCGCGGGCGAAAGAAAGAGAGCUGGAGAAAGAGAGCAGGAGAGAAGAGGAGGGGGAGGGCCCUUUUUCUUUAGGGGCCUGACAGCUUUGAACAGGCGCUCCCAUCUCGACAGCUGUCUCUCUGGCGCCGCUCCAUCACCUCCCCCCGCUGCCCCCCAGCCUGCAGAUAAAACCAUUUGCUGGGGCCUCUUCUGACGCUGGCAGUGUUAAGUCGCCUCUCUUUCUCUUUUAUCCGCGCUUACCUCGCCAUCAAAGAGAGUAGUAGACACACCGCAUACUUGAAAGGCAGGAAUAGACGGUGUCAAUAUAGAUACCACCAGAUAUCCUAUCCAUGUUAAAUACCUAUAGGCACAGAAUAGGCCUCCUGCAUUUGGCCCCCAAUAACAGAUAGUGGGAUGACUCUAAAAUCAAAUGCUGACACACAAAACACUUAUUAGAUAGCCUACAGUAUGAUUGCCUACAGUAUGAUAGCCUACAGUAUGAUAGUCUACAGUAUGAUAGCCUACAGUAUGAUAGCCUGCAGUAUGAUAGCUUACAGUAUGAUAGCUUACAGUAUGAUAGCCUACAGUAUACCUGGAAGCUUAAGGCACCUGUGACAUGUGUAUCUGUACAUUAUUAAUUGACACCAAUGAAGGAUACAUCUCAAUAGUCUAAAGUGGCUCCCACGCUUUACCCUCUCACCUUCAUCUGCACUGAUCUUUUGGUAAAUGAAGGAGCUUUGAGCAAUAUGGUUGAUAUCUGCUAACCAGGUGUUGGCUUUCACCAGACCAGUUCUUUCACGUCAAUGCAGGAUGAGGAAAGGAGACAAGGAGAUGAUGCCACUUUAGACUAUCGCCAUUUACUCCUAGAGAUAUACUCACUAGGACUACCCCCUUUCCCAGUAUCAAAUUGCCCAGGCUGUCUCAGCUUCACAUGUGGUCUGUCUAGAGAGAGAGAGAGCGAAAAGAGUAGAGAGGGAGAAAAGAGAGGAAAAAAAGACAGGGAGAGGCCAGACAGCCCCAUAACCACCCAGCUGAGAACCUGUGGUGUGGAUGUGUUUUGAUUCCCGUGCCAACUUCUCAGUGCGUGUGUGUGUGUGUGAGAGACGGCCUCCCGAGGGUCUGGCCGUGAGAAGUGGGUUACAGUAAGCUGUAAAAUGCCUCAUUGCUUUAUGAACGACUUAGCUGAUAAUGAUAGCCGUUUCACAAAGGCAUUUUAACUGGGGCUGCCGCCUCAAUCACCUGCCGCUUCACAAUCUGCCACUUCCUCUUCUUACACCUUCAAAGAGACCUGCGCAUGAUAAUUGUAUUAUAUGAUAAGUCUUCUGAUAAGUCGCGGCCGUAAUAUCUCAGCUCAGGUUUACUAAAGAUAAAGAAGCCAGUAAAUAAUGAAAAUGGUCAAAUUACUUUUUUUGAAACACCUCAAGUUAAAACUGAAUAUGACUUUUAAAUGCUUUGCGUAUCUCGUUUCAUCAUCAGUAACUGCCUAACUGGGGAUGUCAAAACCUUUUCAAGAGAGAGAGAACAGGGACAUAACUCAAACAUUCAAACUGCAGUGGAUAAAGAUGAGCAGGAAAGGCCUAAGAAGGGUUGACUGAAAAACAACAAAGAAUCCAGCUAGUCUGGAAGUCAGUGAGAUGAAGCAUGUAAAAAGCUAGGUUAGUGCUAGACUCAGGGGUGACUGACAGUAAGCAAUAAGAGUACUCUCUAGAGAGCUGAGAGUUGAGCAAUGCUCUUACUAUUCCCACACACAAAUGUGAGCAUGAACACAGACGGCAUACACACAUGCACACACACAUGCACAAGCACACGCACACCUGUCACCUGUAAGCACACAUAGGUGACAUAGUUCCCGUAGUUGGUGAGUCAGAACGAUUAAACCAACUCACACUUCUGUUUUCUUUUCCCAGAAGAAGAAGAUGAUGAUGAAGAUGAGGAGGAGGAGGAAGACGAAGAUGAAUCGGACGGCGAAGAGAUCGAUGUGGUCACCGUGGAGAAGCGGCGCGGUUUGUCGCCCAUGGCGACCGGCACUGUCACCAUCUCGGUGCGGUCGAAGACGGGCGGCGCUUCUGGGGCCGUGGCCUCAUCUGGUGUCGUGAGCCGAUUUGUCAGCAACCGGGGGUCGGCGGGGUCAAACGGUCACGGUCAGGAGCUGAUCCUCAAGCGGAGCUCGGUCCACCAGCAGCAGCACAACUACGCCGCUCCCUCGCCGUAUGCCUCUGACGACGACCACGCGCCCCCCUCCAAGAAACACAAGUCCUCUAACGCUCCUCGUCAAUACUCCCGUGCCCCCUCAUCAUCAUCAUCCUCGCCGUCAUCCUCGACAUUCUGCAGCUCCCUGACUAUGCCGUCAUCAACAAUGCCAGGUUCUAGGUCCAAACGCAACACCAGCGGUGACAGCAGCCCACGCAGCGGCGGCGGCUCCUCCGGUAACUCCGACUCCGAAGACUCCGAACGGCGGCGAAACCACAACAUCCUGGAACGCCAGCGGCGCAACGACCUGCGCUCCAGUUUCCUCACGCUCCGCGACCACGUGCCCGAGCUGGCGAGGAAUGAGAAGGCGGCCAAGGUGCUGAUCUUGAAGAAAGCGGCGGAGUAUGUGUCUUCGCUGGAGACAGACGAGCUGCGGCUGACGCAGGAGAAGGACAGGCUGCAGGUGCGGAGGCAACAGCUGAUGAGGCGACUCGAGCAGGCCAGGACUCGCUAAGAAUUUUUAGUGGCACAUAAUGCAUACAUAUACACACAGACAUAGACACACACACACACACACAUAUAUAUAUAUAUAUAUAUAUAUAUAUAUAUAUAUAUAUAUAUAUAUAUAUAUAUAUAUAUACACACAGACACACAAACACACAUACAAACCCAGAUGACCCCCCCCCACCCCCUCGCUUUGUCUCGACUUAUAUAUAUGUAUAUACACACACACAAACACACAAACACGUGAGUGACAAAUGACAGGGGGUCGACGGGACUUUCACUGAUGCCACUUUUUUUGCACAUUUGUUGACGUUAAGAAUGUUUAGGGUUCUACGUUUUUCAAUCCGGUCACAUUGAGCAAAAAGAAAGAUGAGAAUAGAAGGAGGGAGGAGAAGGAAAGAAGAGAGGGAACACACUCCUCUGGGUCCUGUCUCUAUUUCGUACCUUUGUAUCAUUUUCUAUGUUGUACUCAAUGUGACACUUAUAGCCCUAACCCAAACCAGCUGACUUUCAAAGGGGUCAUGUUCAUGAGGGCACAACGUGGCAAAAUGUUUUGCAACGGAAAGUGAAAACAAGCAUUUCUCAAUGGACAAGAUCAGGUAUUCCCUCUCUGUUUCAGUCCGUUUUGCUCCGUUGUGUGCCUAAUGAAUACACACUGGACAUGGUGUCAGAGUUGGUUGGAUAGUUCAAAGUUCACACUUAGUAGCAGAAAAUGCUUUCUACGCCUUCACCACUGCAAACGGAAGACACUAGUACGCCACGAAACCACGGUAUAAUGUGCACCUUGCUAGCCGACACUUUUGUAAAUAACAGUACUGUAAAUAACAGACAAAUACACUCAGAAUCUGCCUUGUUUUAUAUACAUUUUUAUCUUUGAGUUUUUAUACAUUUUAUGUCCCAAAGCUGCCAAUAACUAGACUGGAAACUUUAUAAAGAAAAUACUGCAAUGCCUCAAGGGCAAUGACACUUUGUAAUAUAACAACUUUUUUUUUUUUUCUCCUACUUUGUAUUGUACCAUGGUUCUAAUUCUACACAGCUUUAUUACUCUUUAGUGUGACUGUGAUACAUAUUACAUUUGAUACUUAUAUUUUCGUAAGAAAAUGAGUUCUCACUAGAUAUCUCUUUAUCUCAUAAUUUCUUUUUCCUCUCUAUCCUCAUGUACCUGACCCUGUCCUUAUGUACCUGACCCUGUCCUCAUGUACCUGACCCUGUCCUUAUGUACCUGACCCUGUCCUCAUGUACCUGACCCUGUCCUUAUGUACCUGACCCUGUCCUUAUGUACCUGACCCUGUCCUCAUGUACCUGACCCUGUCCUUAUGUACCUGACCCUGUCCUCAUGUACCUGACCCUGUCCUUAUGUACCUGACCCUGUCCUUAUGUACCUGACCCUGUCCUUAUGUACCUGACCCUGUCCUUCCUGUUUCACUCUUCAUUUGUUUAUAUAUUUGUAACUGUCGGGUGCAUAGAACUUUCUGGGUGAACGGAUAUAAGAUGUUUGUUCUUUCAUUCAUAUAAUUUACAUGUAGUGCUCCAACUCAUAGCACUUCGAAAAUACCUCAUUUUGACAAAUAAAUAGACAUUUAAAAUGAACACCUCUGUGUGUGGACAUGAAUCAUUCAUCAUCAUUGAUACUGUGAACACAUCAGUAAAAGUAUUUAAUUAUCUCUGUCUCUCUCUCUCUCCUCUCUCUCUCUCUCUCUCUUUCGCUCUCUCUCUCUCUCUCUCUCUCUCUCUCUCUCACUCUCUCUGUCUCUCUCUCUCUCUCUCUCUCUCUCUCUCUCUCUCUCUUACUCACUGACUUCGAUUCAAGAAGCUUUAUUGUCAUGAAAUAUGUGAGAAGUAACAUUGCCAAAGCAAACAUGUAGUAGAAUAUAAAUCAAUACCAGGUUUGUGUUUCUCUCCAUCUGUCUGUCUGUCUGAGGAGGGGUUGUAUCAUUAAAGGUAAACUCCACCACUUUUCAUCCUCAGUUUCAUUAUCUCCAGCACAAUACCAGUGUCUACAUAUGUGAAAACGGUGCAUUUCUACGUUUUGUAAAAACAAAUAUAAAGAUCACUAUGUGAUUCGCGGGGACGUGGGGAGCAAGAAAUGACCCUCCCUCUGGCUAGAAACUAGUUGCAGGUUUUGAAAAUCACUGUUUUUCUUACUUUUAAUCCUACCCUGUGAUGUCACAGAGAAGCAUUUUUUAGGACCUUUCUUCUUGUCUUUUUAACCACAGAUCAUAGAAACGCGUCAUUUAAAAAAAACGGGUAUGGUGCUGAAGAUAAUGAAUAUAAGGUUGAAAAGUGGUGGAAUUGCCCUUUAAGGGGCCCAUCCAGCUCCUAUCUUACCCAUCUCUGUUUAUUUGACUGCCCUGAUAGGCCAGUGUCUGUCUCUCUUUCUCAAAGGGUAAAGAGCUGAGUCCUUAGAAUCCAUUGCCACACCCACACACCCCUACACGCACACACACUUCAAGUGGAUAUGAACACACACACACACUCUCUGCUCUUCCAACAUCGUUCGUCACCGUUGCCAUAGAAACUGGUGCAGCUGCGGCGUGGCAGGCAGCGAGCCUGAGUGAGUGUUUUCAUUUAUUUGUCUGUGUGUGUGUGUGUGUGUGUGUGUUUCGGUGUGCAUGUGUUUAUUUCAGUGUGUGUGUGUGUGACUUCUGUGUCCCUGCUCAUGUGUGGCCUGUCUACUGAUUUCUCUCCCCUCCUCUCUGCCACAAUACCAGAGCAACGCUGGAUACUGUUUACUAACAUCAACCACAUGGCUCUCAUCCCCUCCUCUUCGCCUCCCUCUUCCCCUCCCUCUCCUCUCGCCCAUCCCUCCGUCUCUCCACGCUCUCCUUCAGCCAACCAUGUGUCACACACACACCUCUCUCUGGAGUCUGGCCAACACCCUUUCUCUUUGGAGGGCUCUGAAAGAGAAAUCUGUCGCUCCGGACUGAGUUGGAAAAAGAGAGGGAGAGAAAGUUGAAAGAGAAAAGAGAAAGAGGGAUGGAGAUUUUAGGGGUCUGUCCACCAUGUUGGGAUUGAGUCACCUGGAGUUGGGGCGGGGAGUCUUACUGUCUGGUGGAUUACAUAACAGGGGUCUGGUGUCUUUGUGUGUGUGUGUGUGUGUCCUCAGGGAGUCAUCCCCUACCAUCUGCUAAUGGUUUAUAUCUUAUCCUGCCUGGUAAUAAGGGUUAGGGUUAAGGGUUAGACCUGGCUGGGUUUAUAGCUUAUCCUGCCUGGUUUAUGGGAAAACAACCUUUGGGACAAUAACAAAUACAAUUGUAUGGGACUGCAUGGAUUGUGAAAAACAAUUAUUUACAUUUGAGAAUUCAGAUGUGAGACUGGCAUACAUGUCCUAAUCUAUUAUGUCCACACACACACACACACACACACACACACACACACACACACACACACACACACACACACACACACACACACACACUGUAUCCUCACACUUGUGCUACAGUAAAGCUGCUCCUGGUCUUGACAUGAGGCUAAUUGUUUAUGUUGUGAAGCUGCCGGUCCUUGGCCAGCAGUCUCCUGCAUUAAGCAGACAUAUGGCCUAGGCUUCUCCCUGAUUAAUACACAUUAUCCCCCUCCCUGCCUGCCUGCCUGUCUGCCUGUCUCACUCUGUCUGUUUCUCUUUGUCUGUCUGUUUGCUUGUCUGUGUCCGUCUGUCUGCCUGCCAGCCUGUCUGUUUGUCUGUCUGUCUCUCUCUGUCUGUCUGCCAGUAUCUCUCUGUCAGCCUGCCUGCCUGUCUGCCUGUCUGUCUGCUUGCCUGCCUGUCCGUCUGUCUGUCUGCCAGCCUGUCUCUCUCUCUCUGUCUGCCUGCCUGUCUGUCUGUCUGUCUGUCUUCCCACCCACUGGCCUGUACACACUAAGGGGUUGAGAGACACCAUAGCCACAACACGGAACAUACAGACACACACACAGACACACACACACACAUACACACACACAGACACACAGACACACAGACACACACACACAGACACAGACACACACACACAAACGCACACACACACACACACACACACACACAUACACACACACACACACACACACACACACACACACACACACACACACACAGACAGACACACAAACACACAGACACAUACACACACACACACACACAGACACACACACACACACAUACACACACACAGACAGACACACAAACACACAGACACAGACACACAUACAUACACACGCAGACACACACACUCACACACACACACACACACACACACACACACACACACACACACAGACAGACAGACAGACACACAUACAUACACACACAGACACAGACACACACACACACACACACACACACACACACACACACACACACACCACACACACACCACACACCACACACACACACACACACACACACACGACACAGACACAGGACACACACACACACACACAGAGACAAACACACACACACACAGACACACAUACAUACACACACAGACACACACAGACACACACACAGACACACACACACACAGACACACAUACUUACACACGCAGACACAGACACACAAACACACACACACACACAGAGAUACACACACACACACACACACACACACACACACACAGACAGACACACAUACAUACACACGCAGACACAGACACACACACACAUACAGACACACACACACACACACACAGACACACACACAGGCUGCACACAAUGCACACAAACACACACACACACCAUGCCAGGGUAGUUACUGUGUGUAUGUGUGUGUUUCUCACACAUCCAUUUGACACCUUCAAUACAACCACUGACAACACUGUUUACAUCACUGCUAUUGUACUGGUGAGACAAUCAAUCUGUAUGCAGCAUGUUAACUGUACUCAGCAUGUUAACUGUAUUCAGCAUGUUAACUGUAUUCAGCAUGUUAACUGUAUUCAGCAUGUUAACUGUAUUCAGCAUGUUAACUGUAUGCAGCAUGUUAACUGUAUUCAGCAUGUUAACUGUAUUCAGCAUGUUAACUGUAUUCAGCAUGUUAACUGUAUUCAGCAUGUUAACUGUAUUCAGCAUGUUAACUGUACUCAGCGUGUGUGUGUGUGUGUGCUUACGUGCGUGCCUGCGUGUGCACACCGGCUACUUUUUUUGUUAUUGUAAUCCGCGAGACGUGGCCAACCUCUGCCCAGACAAAGCAUGCCCACUGUGCUACGACUGCCUCUGUUUGCCAAGGAACUUGCCAUUGAUGCCAGGAGGACAACCAUCUGGUGUGGGUCAGGGAAAUAUAGUCGCAGGUGCUGGGGGAGAGUGUGUGUGGGGGGUGGGGGGGGGGGGGGGGGGGGGGGGGGGGGGGGGGGGGGGGGGGGGGGGGGGGGGGGGGGGGGGGGGGGGGGGGGGGGUGAGGAGAGGUUAUUUGGGGGAGAGCUUUGGGGUGAGGGUUGGGGGGGGUGAGGAGAGGUUGUUUGUGGGAGAGCUUUGGGGUGAGGACAGUGAGUAGAGGUUGUUUGGGGGAGAGCUUUGGGGUGAGGGGUGGGGGGGUGAGGAGAGGUUGUUUGGGGGAGAGCUUUGGGUUGAGGAGAGGGAGGAGAGGUUGUUUGGGGGAGAGCUUUGGGGUGAGGACAGUGAGGAGAGGUUGUUUGGGGGAGAGCUUUGGGGUGAGGACAGUGAGUAGAGGUUGUUUGGGGGAGAGCUUUGGGGUGAGGGGUGGGGGGUGAGGGGAGGUUGUUUUGGGGGAGAGCUUUGGGGUGAGGACAGUGAGGAGAGCUUGUUUGGGGGAGAGCUUUGGGGUGAGGACAGUGAGGAGAGGUUGCUUGGGGGAGAGCUUUGGGGUGAGGACAGUGAGGAGAGGUUGUUUGGGGGAGUGCUUUUGGGUGAGGGGUGGGGGGGUGAAGAGAGAUUGUUUGGGGGAGAGCUUUGGGGUGAGGACAGUGAGUAGAGGUUGUUUGGAGGAGAGCUUUGGGGUGAGGGGUGUGGGGUGAGGAGAGGUUGUUUGGGGGAGAGCUUUGGGGUGAGGAGAGGGAGGAGAGGCUGUUUGGGGGAGAGCUUUGGGGUGAGGACAGUGAGGAGAGGUUGUUUGGGGGAGAGCUUUGGGGUGAGGACAGUGAGUAGAGGUUGUUUGGGGGAGAGCUUUGGGGUGAGGGGUGGGGGGUGAGGGGAGGUUGUUUUGGGGGAGAGCUUUGGGGUGAGGACAGUGAGGAGAGGUUGUUUGGGGGAGAGCUUUGGGGUGAGGACAGUGAGGAGAGGUUGUUUGGGGGAGAGCUUUGGGGUGAGGACAGUGAGGAGAGGUUGUUUGGGGGAGAGCUUUGGGGUGAGGGGUGGGGGGUGAAGAGAGAUUGUUUGGGGGAGAGCUUUGGGGUGAGGGGUGGGGCUGAGGAGAGGUUGUUUGGGGGAGAGCUUUGAGGUGGGUGGUGGGGGGGUGAGGGAAUGGACACUGUGUGGUGAAUCAGGGGGGAGAAGUGAUAGGGGGGAUGGGGUUUACUCAAGGUUUGCCUGCUGCUGUUGAUGUAA